AUGGCUGCCCCAAAUCCAGCCGACAACUCUCCAAUGCAUACGAGCAGCUGGGCCCCUGACCAGGAAUUAGACAUGGGUCCAGGAGGCAAUGGUCAACCUGUCAAUGGAGCGCCUCUGCCUGUCGACGACCGUAUGGCUGGUCAGGAUCCAGAGACUGCAGAGUAUCCUCGUGGUUCCAGUGUAGGCGACGUAAGCGUCUCUGGUAACAAGGGCGACUCAUACCGCGAAAAGCAGGUCAAGGUGCUUAGCGCUCUUGUUUUACUCUUCUGCCGUUCUUCGGGAGUCUGUUCUUCACUCGGGGCUCUGAACUUCUUCUGUUUCCUGUCUCUUGACUGGUGUUUAACUUCUGCUGUGCAGCCGAACAAAGUUUAUAUUGGUGGCCUUCCCGAACAUACUCGACAAGAAGAUCUUCAGAGCUGUUUUGGGAAAAUCGGUAUCAUAACCAACAUUGAACUAAAGGUUGGCUAUGGUUUUGUGGAAUUUGAUACUCGCGAAGCAGCAGAAGAAAGCGUUGCUAAAUAUCACGAAGGUUUUUUUAUGGGUAACAAGAUUCGCGUAGAAUUAUCCCAUGGUGGUGGACGGACUGCAAAAUAUGCUGGUGAUCCAGGCGCAUGCUUUAAAUGUGGUCAAAUGGGUCAUUGGGCGAGGGAAUGUCCAAAUCACACUGGGUUAGCCCCUCAACGUCGUCACCACAUUGAAAGUCCUCUCAUUGAUCGCAUUCAACGAGAACAUCCUGUUCAUCCUGCAAGAUUACCCCUUCCUCGAGACGAUUAUGGUCCGCCCCGCUACCCCCCUCGAGACCUCCGAUACGAUUACCCCCCGCCGCCAGCUCGAGAGUAUAGGAGACCACCCUCGCCUCGAGACUAUAGGGAGUAUUCGGCACCUCCAACCCAGCAUCGUGAAGAGUACAGACGGCUCCCUAUUCACGAACGAGACCGGUUUGCGCCUCCCCCACCAGCCGAUUUUGCUCGCGGGCGAUAUCCCCCUCCUCCUGAUCAUACAUACAGGGGGUACGCAAAUCCGCCACCUCCCCCUUCCGUUUACGAUCGAUAUGACAGAAGGCCUCAUGAACGAUAUCCACCAUCAUAUGCUCCAGUGCCCGGAUCGCGACCACGGACCCCUCCUAGGGUGCGAGAAGACUUUGAGAGAUUACCCCCUCGGGAUUACCCUGAAUAUCGGGGACGACCUGUUACUCCUCCUCGAUAUGUUGUUGAGUAUCCCCGUGUCAGCGCUGAACCACCAGCCCAAAGAUAUAGACGUCGAUCCGAAAGCCCUCCUCCCGGGCCUUAUGAUCGUUAUUCGAGCAAUGGCUACCUUGCCAGUGGUGCUGGCAAUGCUCAGCCCGCUCCGCCCCACGGUGUUGGACGGGAUUAUGUUCCUCCCCGCAACGGACGAGAGCCCCUUGAAUCUGUCAAUAGCUAUAGGCGACCUUGA